AUGGUAAUCUCUCUCUCGAGUCUUGAAAUUUGUCUUCUGCUGAUUAAGUUCCCCAAAGGGAUACAUGAUCUCCUGGGACGAUCCAAAUAUGCCACAUUCCACGGACAUCGAACGGUCACCGACUUCAGAGAAACACCAAGCCAGCUUCUUGAAUACUGGUGUUGGGUUCCUGAAUGCCUUCAAAUGCUGAGCUGCCAUUAUAAGAAUCUCUCAUUGAGUAGCAGCACAGAAUUUACGGCAUCGAUCAAAGACACUAAGCCCAGUUCUUCCCUUCCGGAUCAUCUAAUCCGAAGUCUUUCUGCAGCGAAAGAAGUGAAUCAAGCUAUUUCGACACUGAGACAAAUUGCAUUUAGCAAGUUUGAUAUGGAAAUUCAUCAUCCAGUAUCCCACAAAGAUAUCAUUUCGAUGAACCUUGCUGAAGUAUUUAAUACGUUACUACAGCAAACAACUCUCCUCAACGGCCCUGAAAAUAACUUGAAAUGGGGUAAUGGGUAUGCAACUACACCACAUUACAUUUGGGGACAGGAAGCAAACUAUUACUCCUACGUGUAUGAUACUCAUAUUUAUCACAGCACGCGUAUGCUCGCAGCUGAUAUAUGGCACUCGCUGUUUUCGAGAAAUCCAAUGAGUCGAGAAGCUGGAAUGAAAUACCGAGCAAUGAUUUUGGAGCCUGGUGGGACUGGAAAUGAAUUGGGCGCCGUUGAGAAAUUACUCGGGAGGAAACCCUUACCAGAAGCAUAUUUGCGAGAUUUUGCUCCUUCUACAUAG